GCGGCAGUAAUAUGACUGUUUCCUGUGAGAUGACAUUCUUCUGUGUUGUGUAGACUGGAGACUCUGUAACAGCAUAGCAGAGUUAUACUAGAGAUUCUUAAAGCAUGUUGAUUUUCUUAAAUGUUUAAAAGUUAUUUUGGGCACAGUCCGCUGGUACAGCAGCGCUGUUUAUGACUGGUUUAAAGUGUUGGAUUGGCGAAAAACAUGACUGCCAAUGAAGACCAGGAGAUGGAGUUGGAGGCUCUGCGCUCUAUCUAUGAAGGAGAUGAUUGCUUUAAAGAGCUCAAUGCUGUUUCCUUCCAGUUCAGGAUAGGAGAUCUUGAUGACUCCAAAUCCUUCCUGCUAGAAGUGUCAUGGCCAGAGAGCUAUCCUGAAACUGCCCCACACAUAUCAUUAGAUGCUUUUUUCAACAACAGAAUAUCCCUGGAGACAAAGCAGUACAUUCACUCGAAGUUGAGUGAACAGGUAGAGGCCAACCUGGGCACUGCCAUGAUGUACACGCUUUUUGAGUGGGCCAAAGAAAACCAGGAAACACUCAUGGAAAACCACCAGCCUGUGCCAUCCGCUGUGACCCUGAUAUCCAGCAGCGAUGUCAUGAAUAAUUCCACCACUGUCAGUAAGAAGAAGGAGAAGAAAGAGCAACUAACCAAAGCACAGAAGAGGAAACUGAUUGGAAGGACAGAUAAUAAGGGUGAACUGCCAAGAGGCUGGAACUGGGUAGAUGUUGUUAAGGUAAGUUAA